CGAAGAAAGUCGUUUCCCCGUACCGAAGCCGUUACUCUGUUUCGUUUCGUUGCGUUGCGUUGCGCACUUCAGUGUCCACGACCAAUUCUCACACACACCACACCAUCGAAGAAGAAAGCUCAUAGCACAGGUUCCAUUCCAUUCCAUUCUAUUUCAAAUCCUUUCUCUAUUGCUUUCACAACGCAUCUUCUCUAACUGCGGGUAACUGAUUCGCGCCAGCUUCAGAAUCAGGACUUGGUGCUUUUUGUUUUCUGCUUGAUUCGGUUGGAUUAGGUUUCGGAAUUUCUGGUUAUUCUCGGUUUUCUUUCUUGUUUGGUGAAUGUGGAUAAUUAGGAUUAGGAUUUUUGGAAUAGGAAAUUCAGAUUUGCUUUUUCUCCUUUUUGUAACGGUGACAGAUACAAGCAGGGGGUGGUGCUGGUUUGAGGAGUGAAGUUGGGGGGGAAGUUAAACCUAGGGCUGCAACAUUUGGGAGACAGAGGUUUGAUUGGUUGGAUUAGGUUUGAGAUUUAUAGCUAUUGUAUGUUUGUAUUGCUGUUGUGGUAUGAGUGAAUUAAGAUUUUUUUUUUUUGUUGAAUUUUGUAAUGAUUCGAGGAGUUAAGUUUUGAAACCUAGAGCUAUACAGGGGAAAAGAAUGGAUGGGGGGGAUGUUAGGGCUGGGGGAAAGAAGAAGAGACCUAAGCCUGUGGAAAUUGGAUUUGAUUCGGAUGAUGAUGAGCCGAUUGGCUCUAUGUUUAAGCUGAGGAAGUCACGUGGGUCUAAGAAGAAGGUUGGUUCUGCGGCUUCUGAGGGGUCUUGUGGCGAUGGGGCCAAGAAUGUCGAUGCUGUGACAAGAAAGUUGGUUGAUGCAAAGGAUGAUUUGGUGGGAGGUAUGGAUGAUACCUUGGCGAGUUUUAGGAAGAGGUUGAAGGGAUCUGGAGCCACCAGAGCAACUAGUUCCGUGUUGAAUGCAACAGUGGAGUCUUCUGACAGGUCUCUUGAUCUUUCUGUUGACGGAAUUGAGGGUCAUGUUGCGUCUGACGAUGAUGUGGUAGCUCGCGGAUCUGUGAGAGCCUCCAAGGAUGAGAAAGGGGUGAAUUUAUCCGUUGGUGACCGCUUGCAGCGUUCUUCUGAUGAGAAUAUGGAAGAUUCAUUAUCAGCGAUUUUCCGAAAGGCACAAUCUAGUUCUGUUAGGAAAUUCCGAGGCUCUUCAGGUUCAAGGAAGAAGAAAGAGAGUCACAAUGGGGAUAAUAAAAAGCAUGGGGAUGGCUGUUUUCUGGUGGAAGUCACUGAAGGUAUUUGUCAUUCUAACAUAUUAGAUGUCUGCAAUGAAGAUAGACAACAGUUGUCUUCUAUUCAAUCUGAAAAUUUUCGUUGUGCUUCUGACCAAGAAAGAAUCCUCAAUGAUGCUUUAAAGCAGUGUUCUUCCAUGUCACAUGACGUUGAAAUGAUUGAUAAUGGCUCUCUCUCAAAAGUAGUGGAAGGGGUAUCUGGUACUGAGGGUGAGGUGAAGAAUAAACUGACUGAUGAACUAGCUCCAGUUUGUAAUUUUGGUUCAGAACAUGGCCGCACGUCUAUGAAGAAAGAAAAUUUCUUACCUCCUUGUGACACUGAGCCCUUGGUUAAAUCAACCGGAAAUAUAUCGAAUGAGAAUAAUUAUAUGGUUACUGGAAAAGUUUUCUCUGGAUGCCAGGUGGAGGUAGAUGAAGGUGUAAAAUCUGAAACCGAGGUUGUUUCGGAUAAAGAUUGUUGUGACUAUAAUGGUUUAAAUACAAAGCCUGAUGUUAAAGAUUUAGUUCUAGGUAUUUCACUUGAAAAAAAUGAUGUAACUGCCUCUGGUAGCUUAUCUCCUAAGAUGUCUGUGGAAGCCAAUGAAUCUGAAUUAGAUGUCCUGUCAAAUCACUCGAAGAAACCUUUAGAAGUGUAUAGUGCUUCAAUUCUGAAAUGCAACUCCAUGUUAGAUCCGGUUCAAUCUGAUGGAUCCUCCCUUCCAUCUGCACCAGAUGAAAAUGAGAAUAAUGCAGAAUAUAAUGAUUCUCUCUCUGAUUUUGCCUACAAAGACAGUAAAAUUCGUGCUGUGCGAAAGGCUAAAAUGCAUAAGCAUGGAGAUAUGACUUAUGAGGGUGAUGCUGAUUGGGAGAAUUUAACAAAUGAUCAAGCUCUUAAUGAAAACCAUGCUGCUGAAGAUUCUGAAAGUGUUGCAGUAGUUGCUGUAUCAGCUGGGCUGAGAGCCCAUGCGGCUGGUCCAAUGGAGAAAAUAAAGUUUAAGGAGAUGUUGAAGCGCAAAGGUGGUCUCAAAGAAUAUUUGGCUUGCAGAAAUCAGAUCUUAAGUCUUUGGAGUAGAGAUGUUACGCGUGUUUUGCCUCUUGCUGAAUGUGGAGUUAGUGAUGCUCAAUCUGAGAAUAAAAGUCCUCGUUCAUCUCUUACUAGGGAUGUCUACACAUUUCUCGACCAAUGUGGUUAUAUAAACAUUGGUAUUGCUUCUCAUAAGGAUGUUGGAAGUAGUGCAAUGCAUUCUUAUAAACUUGUGAAAGAAAAAGGUUUUGAGGAAAGCUCCACUGCUUCAAUUGCUGACUCUGAAGAGGGAGUAUCAUUUAUUGUUGGUCAGACUAAAAUGUCAGAUGUGUCCAUGGAGAAUAACCAUGGCCUUAAAGGGGAGGAUGAAGACAUACCAGCUGAAGCUACAGAAGGCAGGAAUAUUCAGGAAGGACUUAGUGGAACUAGACAUGUCAAUAUAAACAAUGUUGUUCCUUCCUCCAAAUUUCCUGAUUGCAGACUGGCUUCUGCUGUAGCUACAGAACAGAGCAAUGAAUCUAUCUGUGUUAAAACCGUCUCGGCUGAUCGCAUAGGUGAUCAAAUGUUGUCUGAUUCUGAGGCUAGAAAGAGAGUUAUUGUCAUUGGAGCUGGUCCUUCUGGGCUAACUGCUGCUCGUCACUUGCAACGUCAGGGGUUGACUGUGACUGUACUCGAGGCAAGGAAUAGGAUAGGAGGUCGAGUAUUUACAGAUCGCUCAUCCCUUUCUGUCCCUGUGGAUCUGGGUGCUAGCAUUAUCACUGGUGUUGAGGCUGAUGUGGCCACUGAGAGAAGACCAGAUCCUUCCUCACUGGUUUGCUCACAGUUGGGCCUUGAGUUGACGGUACUGAACAGUGACUGUCCUCUCUAUGACAUAAUGACAGGACAAAAGGUCCCGGCAGAUAUGGAUGAGGCACUGGAAGCUGAAUACAAUAGUCUUCUUGAUGGUAUGGAAUUGCUUGUUGCUCAGAAAGGUGAACAAGCAAUGAGAAUGUCUCUUGAAGAUGGUUUAGAGUAUGCCCUUAAGAUUCGCCGCUUGGCACAUGCUGGAAGUGGUGAAGAGAUUGAACAAGUCAAUUCUGGAGAUAGUCCGUUGGAUUCCAAAAAGGUCAGUACAGUGGAAAAAAAAUUCGAGCAGGACAUUUUAAGUCCUCUGGAGAGAAGGGUCAUGGAUUGGCACUAUGCUCAUUUGGAGUAUGGAUGUGCAGCUUCACUUACAGAAGUUUCUCUUCCCAACUGGAAUCAAGAUGACGUGUAUGGAGGAUUUGGAGGAGCUCAUUGUAUGAUUAAAGGCGGUUACAGUGCUGUUGUUGAGUCUCUUGCAGAAGGGCUUCCUAUUCAAUUGAACCAUGUUGUAACAAAUGUGUCUUACGAUAUCGAGGAACCUGGUCGCUGCAGUAAAGUCAAAGUUUCCACGUCAGAUGGCAGUGAGUUCUUUGGGGAUGCUGUUCUCGUCACCGUUCCACUAGGCUGUUUGAAGGCAGAAACCAUACAAUUUUCUCCCCCUUUGCCUGAGUGGAAAUAUUCUGCUGUUCAGCGUCUUGGUUAUGGAGUUCUCAAUAAAGUGGUUUUGGAAUUUCCAAGUGUAUUUUGGGAUGAUGCUGUGGAUUACUUUGGAGCAACAGCUGAGGAGAGAGGUAAAAGAGGUCACUGCUUUAUGUUCUGGAAUGUCAGGAAGACAGUUGGCGCUCCUGUCCUUAUAGCAUUAGUUGUUGGUAAGGCAGCGAUAGAUGGUCAAAAUUUGAGCUCUUCUGAUCAUGUUGAACAUGCAUUGAAGGUUCUUCGUAAACUUUUUGGGGAAACUUCAGUUCCAGAUCCUGUUGCCCAUGUUGUAACAGAUUGGGGUAGAGAUCCUUUUAGCUAUGGUGCUUACUCUUAUGUUGCCAUUGGAGCAUCAGGAGAAGACUAUGAUCUAUUAGGGAGGCCAGUUGAUAACUGUUUGUUUUUUUCUGGUGAAGCAACAUGCAAAGAACACCCUGAUACUGUUGGUGGUGCUAUGAUGAGUGGACUUCGGGAGGCAGUUCGCAUAAUUGACAUAUUGAGCUCUGGUAAUGAUUAUACUGCAGAGGUGGAGGCAAUGGAAGCUGCACAGAGGCAGCUAGAUACUGAAAGGGAUGAAGUUAGGGAGAUAACAAAGAAACUUAAUGCAGUUGAGCUUUCUAGUUUAUUGUACAAGAACUCUUUAGAUGGUGCUCAAUCUGUGACCCGGGAAGCUUUAUUAAGAGAAAUGUUUUUCACUGCAAAAACCAGUGCCGGGCGCUUGCAUGUGGCAAAGCAAUUGCUAAGUCUUCCUCUUGGAAAGUGGAAAUCCUUUGCUGGGAGUAGAGCGGGGCUAACCGUUCUCAACUCAUGGAUACUGGACUCCAUGGGGAAGGAUGGAACCCAACUCUUGCGACAUUGUGUGCGUCUUCUUGUACGUGUUUCCACUGAUCUGCUUGCUGUACGCGUGUCAGGAAUAGGAAAAACUGUGAAGGAAAAAGUUUGUGUACAUACUAGCCGUGAUAUUCGUGCUAUAGCAAGCCAGUUGGUCAAUGUAUGGCUUGAAGUUUUCCGCAAGGAAAAAGCUUCUAAUGGGGGGUUGAAGUUGUCAAGACAAGCAGCUGCUGUAGAUUUAUCAAAGAGAAAACCUUUGAAAGACUCUGCCUCAGGAAAGCCACCUUUGAGUACACAGCAUGGCAUGCUUGAAAAUAAAGGAGGUUUGCUGAAUCCUGCAUCUGCUGGAAGCAAUUCACAAGUGAGGAAAUUGCACAGCAAACAAGGAAAACAACAAGCAGCAAAUGACUCAAGGCAUGAUGUCAGUUCUUCCAGGUCCCAAGGUUCAAUAGACAAAGCUGCUGCAGAGGAGGAUAACUAUUAUGCCUUGACUGAAGAAGAACGGGCUGCCAUUGCUGCUGCGGAAGAGGCCCGUGCUAAAGCACAUGCUGCUGCUCAGGCAUAUGCUUCUGCAGAAGCCAGAUGCAGUACACUACUACAGCUUCCAAAGAUACCUUCCUUCCACAAAUUUGCUAGAAAGGAGCAUUGUUCACAAAAUGAUGAAUGUGAUAGUAGAAGAAAGUGGUCUGGUGGAGUUUUGGGAAGGCAGGAUUGUAUUUCUGAAAUUGAUUCAAGGAAUUGCAGAGUUAGGGAAUGGUCAGUUGAUUUCUCUGCUGCAUGUGUUAACCUUGAGAAUUCCAGAAUGUCAGUUGACAACCUUUCACAGAGGAGUCAUUCAAAUGAGAUUGCCAGCCAUUUGAAUUUCAGAGAGCACUCAGGAGAAAGUGUUGCUGCAGCAGACAGCAGUUUAUAUACAAAAGCUUGGAUUGACACAUCUGCUGGUGUGGGUAUAAAAGACUCUUAUGCCAUAGAGAGAUGGCAAUCUCAAGCAGCUGCAGCUGAUUCUUGUUUCUCUCAUCCAACCAUACAUAUGGGAGAUGAGGAGGAUUCAAAUGCUCAGUCGAUGUUAUCCAGUCGAAAGCGUGAUGGUUUGGCAAAUGAGAGCUCUAUUUCACAGGUUACUGUAAAUAAGGAGGCCUUAAAAGGUCAUCACCGGGGAGCUGAUCAUAUUAAACAGGCUGUUGUGGAUUAUGUUGCCUCGCUACUUAUGCCUCUUUAUAAGGCAAGGAAACUAGACAAGGAUGGGUACAAGGCUAUCAUGAAGAAAAGUGCAACAAAGGUCAUGGAGGCAGCCACAGAUGCUGAAAAAGCAAUGAUGGUUCAUGAGUUUCUAGAUUUUAAACGGAAGAACAAGAUCCGAUCCUUUGUGGAUGUAUUGAUUGAGAGACACAUGGCAGCGAAAUCAAAUGCAAAAUCUUAAUGUUCUUUGGAUUGAAUAGCCUGUGGUUACUUCUGUGUAACGGUUGCCAAAGUCUUGGUUUUUUUUCCCGUACCUUAACUCUCAGGCUGUUGUUCGUCAAGAGUAUGACAGGGCACCUCAAUCUGCCAUUUUAACGAACCUUGCCACUAAAGAAACAGAUUGCGCAGGCAGGUUUGAAGAUGACAACGAAUCGCAUUCAUCCAUAUUAGUAUUUUGUCUUCAUCGAGGUGUUUAUUCCAAAAACUACCUCCGAGGAUUGAAAUCUUAGACCCCAUUUUUGUUGAAGGGGUUUCCAAUGGACAAGAUAAAAUUUGACCUUAUCAAUUUCUUCUAUUUGUACAGCUUAGGAUUGUUUUAGUGAUGACAAUUGACAAGCAUACAUAUCCAUUUCCCAUUGUCGUACUGGAAACUUUUCUUAUAUAACAUCAAUUAGUUAACUCUUAUUUCUUUCUCCAAAGUGGGGAAAGAACUAUGCUUGGUUUUAUUCCAGCAUUUUAUCCUCCAUCUUUAUUUACCACUCUACUCGUGUGUAUAGUAUGUUGCAUGAUAUCUGUUUAUAAUUGAGUAAGCUUCCAAAUGUGUAACAGAAAAGUCACUUCCUCUGAGAAUGUGCCUCUGGAUUGCAGCAUGAGAUGCCGAUUUCUUUUGAAUUGAUGUGUAUAAUUUUAAGCCAAUCAUUCAAUCUUGGAUGUUAUCUUGUGCUAACUAUUGCUUACACCUUUUUCUAUUGGCUGCAAGGCUAAGAAAGAUUUUGUCAAUCACAUAAGGGGGGAGGUAAUGAUUGUUCCGCCAUUUCCCUGUGAUUUUGAUGGUUAUUUAACCUCUUACCUUCGAAUUUACAGGAAAGAGGAAACUACUGUAACUACCUCGUUUCUAUUGAUUGUUUAGUACAAACCAAAAAUAUAUAGCUGCCAGGGAACUUCACUUUUUGAUAGCUGUGUCUAGAAGGGUGGAGUACAUUCUUCUUAUCGUAAGCAAUGUUUCUACUCCGAAUUUAUUAUACCUUUUGGUGCCAUAUUGCUGAGAAUUAUCUAUGUUUUUUGAUUUAAUUGGAGAAUAAUCGUACUUUAUCAUGGUCAGGCCACAUAGAUUGCCUGAAUAUCACAACAGAAAACUAUCCCUGUAUUUUGUGGAUACAUUUUUUUUGGUA